CAAAGAAAUCCAAUUGGGUGGAAUAAAGAUCGGUCAUCUGAAGAUCUGAACACUUCUAGUUCGCAGUGGACAUAAGAAGCCCUCCACAGCACGCGAAUUUUCUCCCAGACGCUUGAUUUCACUUCACUGUGGGUUUCAGAGGAAGUCAAAAUGAGCGGUGUGAUUGUGCAGAAUAUGUCCUUCAAGGUGGGACAGACUUUGACUGUUAAUGGAGUCCCCAUGGCCGAUUCUACAAAUUUUGCCAUUAACAUUGGUCACAGCGCUGAGGACAUCGCUCUACACUUGAACCCUCGUUUUGACGCCCAUGGUGACCACCACACUAUAGUCUGCAAUUCAUUCCAUGGUGGCAGCUGGUGCGAGGAGCAGAGAGAGAGCAGCUUUCCAUUUAAUCAGACUGAGGAUUACCAGAUAAAAAUCACAUUCACCAAUGAGGAUUUCCUGGUGACUCUUCCUGAUGGUUCUCAAUUUCACUUCCCUAACCGUCAAGGUGCUGAGAAGUACAAGUAUAUGCACUUCGAUGGCGAGGCCAAGAUCUAUGGAAUUGAAAUCAAGUAAAAUUAAAAGAAGGCUCACUGUUGUAUUCUGAAUGCUGAAUGAUUCUUUGCCUUAUUUUGUCACUUAUCCAGCUCUGUUCUUCCACAGUUUUCACUUACUCAAUAUGGAGUAUCUCAAUCACAAUCUUAUCAUUUGUAUUCUAAAUCAGCAUUAUAAUUUUGCUGUGGCACUGCCUAUCUAAACCACUAGAGGGAGCGCAACUACAAAAAAUUGCCAUGAGCUUUAGCGGUAGGCCUAUCACAGGUAGUUGACAUUUUCCAACUAGAUUAUUUUUCCUACUACUUUUCUAUAAUACAGCAUCAUAUUCUUAAAUCUGGUUUAUAACUAAAGCAAAUUCACAAUCUAUAGCUGUUGGCAGAUAUAAAUGAAAAUAAAAUCCUGUUUUCACCAAUAAA